AUGGAAUUAAAGCCUACUUUUAAUGGCCAUAUCAGAGACGAAUAUGACGCUCUUUUAGUUUUCCAAGCAACUCUAAAUGGGCAAUUGAGUCAUAUCCCAAGAAGACCAUAUGAAAUGGAAAGGUCAAACCUAAUCACAUCAGGUAGCAUAUUUGUCUUCUUUGAAAAUUUAUCUGGUAUAAAGAGAUGGACUGAUGGUAUAUCAUGGUCUCCAUCUAGAAUCUCAGGUAAAUUUUUAAUAUACAAAGAAUUAAACAAAUAUUAUAACCCAAAUCUUUUAUUAAAUAAUAAACCCCGUAACCAACCAAAUGGUAUACCGUCUAAUACUCAAUCAUUCAACUCUCCAAUGGAGAAUGCUAUGUCAGUAUCUAAUAUUGCUGAUAGUGAUAGAAAUAAUCAAAAUUCAAAUUAUCGAGUUGGUCAGUUAUCUAAUAAUAAUGACAGAAAGGAUAAUAUUUUGCCAACAACUAUUUCAAAUACUUCUAAUAAAAAUUCAGAAAGUGAUGAGCUACCAUCCUUAAACAAUACAAACACAAAGGAAUCCGAAGUUGUGGAGCCAGAUGCUAAUUCAAAAAAUGCACAAAAUGAUUCCAAAUAUACUUUCAAAUAUACAGGAUUUGUUAAAAAAACUAUGUCGAUCAAGGUAAGAGAUACAUCUUUUGAUGGAUCAUUACAAACGCUACAUUUGAUAUCUUAUUAUAAUAUUGAUGAUGUAAAAUUUAACAGACUUGUGGAACCAAAGAAUGCUACCUCAUUAAAAGAUAUUCAAAUAUCGCGAGAGUUAUUAGAUUCUGUUGAUAUUGAUGUCACACCAAACAAUUUAAAUGCUAAUGCAACAAUUCCAGAGUCAGUAAUUUCUGCAAUAUAUUCUAAUAACCAGCAAUCUAACAUACGAUCUUUCUACGGUCAAAAUGGUCAGAUAGGACAAGUUUUGCCACAUUUCCAAUCUGAAAUGGCUACUUCUAAUGGAAAUAUGGUUCUUAACUCACAUAUAGUGGAGAAUAACACCUUUGGCCAAAAUAAUAUUAUUAUAAACCCUACUCAACCCAGUACAGUUUACUCUCAUCCUCAAAAUUAUCCAUUUAUGAGGCCCUCUACACUUCAACAAGCCUCAUUGAACAGUGAUUCAAAGCAAUUACAAAGCAGUAUUACUAAUCCUUCUUUAUUUAUGCUUCAAUCCCAUGCUCCACCAACAAGUCAGACACAACCAUUACAACAGCAACAGCAACAGCAACAAGUUUAUUUUAAUGACAAUGAUGCUAGUAAUAAUUCCAGUUACAUACCUCCACUAUUGAAACAAAAUAUUAUUUCAUCAAGAAGUUCUUCCUUCUCAUCAAAGUCAGGAUUAUCAGGCAUAUAUGGCCAAUCUCAAGUUGGUGGAUCUUCUUCCUCAUCUUCUUCCUCCAAUUCUAAUAAUUCAAUAUCAUCUAGUUCAAGCGCCAUGUCUUCCACUUCAUUUUCAGGCACACCUCAAAGGGCGUCCCCAAUAAUUGGUAAUGUAGGCUCAGGUAGAAUUCAAUCUGAUAGCACCUCUAGCAGAGGUGGAAGUUCCCAUUUUUCACAUAAUUACUCAAGAUCUCAAAGGCAACAACCAUAUCAUUCACCAUUUUUAUCUCAUCAUUCUAAUUCCCUAGAUAUAAAGCCAACUAGUAAUCUAAUAUCUUCAACGCAAACCAUUCACCAUUCUGUUCAACCUACUUUUGCUGGUAGUAACUUCAAUCAAGUACCUGCAAAUCAAUUACAGUCAAAUACAGUUGGCAAACCAAAUAUCAAUAAUUUCACAACAGAUGACAAAGCUAUAUUAAAUAACAAUCAAGAAAAGCCAAAGCUUCCUCCUCCUGCUCUUCAAAAUUUGUCACAGCCUAGAUCUUCUUCUGCAACUAAUCUUCCUCCACAUAUUCCACCUUUAAAAAAACUUCGAAUGCAAGCAUCUCCAUCCGACCAGGUUGAAAAUAAUGCCAACAACAAUCUAGUAGCUCCUUCUUCCUCAUCUUCUGCAUAUGUUUUCAAUGGAAGUGCAGCAAAUAGUACUCCUCGUUAUGAUAUUUCCAACUCUAAAAAUUUGCCUAUGCCAAAAGGUCCAACCUUUCAAGGGUCCCCCAUUUUAAAUAAGAAUAUCAAUGGCUAUGCAACAACUGGAAGCGGAGUGACAAGUAUGCCGGCGUUUGCUUAUAACGGGACUGAUCAAGCCAGCAUGAUGGCAAAUUGUACAAGCAUGCCAACUGGUUCAGAGGGCGCUGGGUCUUCUAAACAAGUACCUACUAUGAGGAGCAUUAGCUCAGUUGUAACAACAGAAAAUGAAGAGAUUAAGGCUGAGAUAUAA